UUUUUUGUUUUUUUUUCUCUUGCAUUUGACAGCUACUUCAAAGAUUGUGAAAAAAUAAAUAUAUUUAAUAUCUUAUUUUAUAUUUUAAAGCAAUAAAUAAAAUGAUUUAAUUUUAAUUACUCAAUUUACAACAAUUAAAUAAAUAAACAAAUUAUUUAAACGAAAAAUCGAAAUUGUAAAAAAAAAAAAAAUAGAAAAAUUUCGACAAUGGAUGAAGAUACAGUAGCCCUUCAAAGACUUGAACAAAUGAUGAAUGAAUUUUUUUCAUCUGGUGCAACAAAUGAACGUAUACGUUCAAUUGAACAAAGUCUUCAUGAAUUUACAUCACAAAUAAAUUCAUGGAAACCAUGUUUACAUUUUUUAUCAUCAACACGUAAUCACUAUGUCAGUAUGUUUUCUCUAUCAGCACUUGAAACAACAAUUAGCAAAAGAUGGCCAAUACUUUGGUGGGAAGAUCAAGCUCUAAUACGUUCAACACUUUAUACACUAUCACUUGAACAAAAUAUACCACCAUUUGUUAGAAAUAAAGUUGUUAAAUUAGUUGUUGAUAUUGCUAAACAUGACUGGCCACAAUUUUAUCCUGAUUUUUUUUCAAAUAUACUCCAGUUAUUAAAUCACAAACAAACAAGACAACUUGGUUUAAUAUAUCUUCGUACAGCAUCUGAAGAGUUGGGUACACCAAGAGAAGACGUUACAAUACGUAGAAAAAUUGAAUUAAAUAAAUUAUUAAAUUCACAAAUAUCAAUAACACUUGAUGCAUUAACUGGAUUAUUAUGUGAUACAAUAAAAUUAAAUGAUCGUUCUGGUACAGUUACACCACCACCAUCACCAACAAGUUAUCAAACAAAUUCUAAUAAUGGUAUUAUUAAUAAUAAUGAUAAUAAUAAUGAAAUAUGUAUAUCAAUACUUGAAGUACUUGGACAUUUAUUUAGUUGGAUAGUACCAACAACAAAUAUUAAUAAUAAUUUAUUAGAUGGUAUAUUUACAUGUGCAAAAUAUGAUGAUACAAUGAAUGAAAAAAAAAUUGAAAUGGCUAUACAAGCUAUGACAACAAUAAAUGAAUUAUUAUAUCGUCCAUGUUCAAAAAAUAUUGAUGAUAAUUAUUUAUUAUAUAUAUUUAAUAAUGGAAUAAAAUUAUUUCAAUUAAUGGAAAAAAUUGAUACAAUUGAUGAACGUUAUAUUGAUAAAACAACUGAAUAUUUACAAUUAUUUAUAAAAAAUCAAUUUAAAAAAAUAGAAAAUAAUAAUAAAUUUCAAUCAAGAUUAUUUUUUGAAUCAUUAUAUUAUCAUACAUUUAAUAAUUGUAAAACAGUAUCAUCAUAUUUAAAUUGUGUAGAAAUAUGGAAUACAUUAUUUGAAAAUAAUGAUAAAAGUUAUACAACAGUAUCAAUUGAAUUUAUUAAAAAAUUAAUUGAAAAAAUAUUAUUUAAAAAUAAUAAUUUAUUAAAUUUACUUGAUACUGAAAUAAUGGAUGAUAAUAAUGAAACAGAAUGGCAAAAAUAUAUACGUUUAAAUAUUGAAAGUAUUGCAAUUGUUGCUGAGAAUGAACCAGUAAUAAUAUUUAAUAUAUUAUAUCAAUCAUGGUUAUAUGAUUUAAAAAUAUUAAUUGAUAUUGGUAAUGCAUUAACAACAAAUCAAGGUACAUUAAUAUUAAAUAAUAAUGAUGGUAAUAAUGUACAUUCACAUUUACGUGAUUUUGCAACAAUAACACAAGCACUUGGACGUAUAUAUAUAAAUUUUACAAAUGGUUGUCAAUCAAUAAAUGAUGAACCAAUAUUUAAUAAUAUUGAUGAAUUAAUAAUUAAAACAAUUGAUAUAUGUGAAUAUUUACGUGAUAAUAAUAUUUAUCAUACAACAAUACAACCAUCAAUUAUUAUUGGUGAUUUAAUUGAAAUUAAUUCACAAUUAUUAGCAUCAUUAAAAGCAUGGUGUCAUUAUAUUGUUAAUAAAAAUAAUGAAAAUGAUAAAAUUACAUUUUAUCAACGUACAAUUGAUAUUUGUUUAUCAUCCCUAGUACCAACAAGAGCUGAUAAUAUACCAGAUAAUAUUGUACAUUCAUCAGCACAUUUAUUACAAACAAUAACAUCAGUAUUACGUCCAAAUUUAUGGAAUUGUGAUUCAUUUAAAGGUUUAAUAUGUAUGAGUAAUUAUCCAUAUUUAAAUAAUGAUACUGAAAAAAUAUUAAGAAGAUGUUUAAUUAAUUGUAUUGUAUUAACAAAUGGUGAUGAUGAAAUGAGAUUUAAACUAAUGGAAAUAAUGAUUAAUAAAAUUGUUGAACCAAUUGGUUGUAUUGGACAACAAAUACCAAAUGAUAUUAUUAUUCAAACAACAAUUAAUCCAUUAAUACAAAUUAUUAAUGAUUGUUCAUCAUCAUCAACAAAUAUUAAGAGAUUAUUACAUCAAUGUUUUUUAACAACAAUUAAUAGAAUACUUGAAAUUCUUCCACAAUUUAUACAUAAUAAUACAAGUGAAAUAUUAAUGAAUUUUCUUCAUUCAAUAUUUUUGGUACUACAACAACAAUUGGGUAGUGAAUUUAUUAAAAAUUCAGUACAAAAAAUGUUACAUAUUUAUACAAGUGAAAAUAUUAAUUCAGGACCAGCAUUAGAUCAAUUUUUAGAAAUAUUAAUACUUGUUAUAUCAUCACCAAGUAAUUCAUUUAAAACAUUUUUACCAUCAAUUAUUAAUUUAUGUCUUGUUCAUGUAUGGCCAAAUGUAUCUGUUGAUACUAAUUUACAUCAUGAUACAAUACUUGUGUUGUUAAAAUUAUUUUAUAAUAUAUUUUCUCAUCGUUGGCAAUAUUUUAAUGAUACAACUGUAUUAAUGAUACAACAACAGCAACAACAAGAUAAUAAUAAUGAUGAACAAAUGAAAAAUAAUCAUGAGCUAAUAGCAAUACUUGAAAUAUUUGGACAAGCAUUAUUACAAACAGACGUUAAUAUAUUUCAAAAAAGUUUAAAAUCACUUGAAGAUAUUAAUAAAAAAUGGAGAUUAUAUCGUAAAAAUUUUUUUAAAAAUCAUCUAUUGGAAAGAUUUAUUAUGGCUUUGUUUACUGUUUUACAACAAAGAUCACAUAAUUUAUUGGCUGAUGAAAUUGCUGAUGCUAUUCAUAAUUUAUCAUUUGAUAAUUUUACAUGGUUUUUUACUUAUUUUUUACCAAAAUUUUUGGCUGGUACUGAGGGACUUGAUGACGUUCAACGUAAUACAUUACUUGAAAAUUUUGAUAAAUCAACGGAUCAACCAACAUUUACCAGAUCAGUACUACGUUUUUUUUCGGAUUUACGAUGCUAUCAAAUAUGCAGUCCAGUUGAACGAAAUUAAAAUAUUCAUAAUUAAUUAUUACAAUCAUGUACGUUUGUGAAUUUAUUUUUUUUUUCUAUCCAUUAUAAUGUUAUUAUUCUCCAUCAAAUCAUAUAUGUAUCACAUUAAUUGUUACCUUUUUUUUUUCAUAAAAUAAUCUUUUUUUAACAAGUAUGUUUAUAACAAUUUUUUUAAUAUUAAAAAUUUUAAAAACAAACAUAAAUAGGUACGUGUUUCAGUGCUUUUUUUAUUAUCAAUUGUUUUUUUUUUUACUUUUAUGAUGACUCGUUGAACCCAGUGAAUAAAAUUGAUAAGAUAAAAAA